GGGGGACACUGAGCUGAGUUGCAAUUGGAGGCGAUUCGCCAUUUUGGACGUUGGAUGACUAAAGGACGGCUGAAAAGUGGGGAGAUCUCUCUCUACCUGCAUCCUUUUUUUUCAGCAAUCAACUUUUGCUUGUCAACAACUCAUUCCUCUCCCUCCAGGAUUCAUUCGUAGCAGUUGCAACCGGACAACGACAAAGGAACCACCUUAAGAACCAGACGUUAAACGACAUGACCCUGAACAUCCCACCCUCGACAGCCUCCACCAAGGCCGAUUUCUACCAGGACCUCGAGCUGCAAGUCCAAGGAAUCGUCCAGGGACAGCGUAACUGGAUCACCAACCUCGCCAACGUAUCCUCAUUGAUCUAUCACGGUCUGCGCGACGCUACAGGAAAGCCUAUUAAUUGGGCUGGAUUCUAUGUUUUGGACCAGAGCGUGGCUUCAUCCACCAACAAAGAGGCUCUGAUCUUGGGACCCUUCCAGGGCAGGAUCGCUUGUACGAACAUUGAAUUCGGACGUGGAGUCUGUGGAACAGCCGCAGCCGAGAAACGGACGUUGUUGGUCAAGGAUGUGCACGAGUUCCCGGGACAUAUUGCGUGUGAUUCGGCAUCGAACUCUGAAGUUGUCGUGCCUUUGGUGUUGGAUGGCAGGGUCAUUGGAGUAAUAGAUCUGGACUGUGAGGUGACCGAGGGCUUUGACGAGACCGAUGCGAGUGGGUUGGAGACCGUGGCUAAGAUCCUAGUCGCGGCGUGCGACUGGCGCGGAGUUGUCUGAGGAACCCAAGAAUUCGGAUACCUGCGCAUGUUUAAGGAAGAGGACCCAUUGGUAGACGAAUAAAGUGUGCUAGAAAUGAAGGCAAUUACCAC